GCAACGUUCAAGCUCGCGAUCAAUAAUUCUGUAGUGACCUCCUCCUUGUUGUUUUAGAGUCUGUUUUGUUUCGUUAGUAUUUGAGAAAAGUUGUAAUUUAAAGCCGUGAGCAUUUCAUCUGUGGAAAUUGACUCCAAAAAGGUUGUUUACAAAGCAACAUUAGCGUUUAUUAAUGGAGGUUAAUAACGCAGUGAGAAAUGGAAUCAGUGCAAGUUCAAGAGGUGUAAGAAUGGCGUUUGAUCGAUUCCAAAGUUCGGCCUCAUCAGGUUCAGACUCGUUCUUUUCCUUAUAUAAGCAUCAGGCCUCUGGAACUGGGGACAAUGGGAGGACUUCCCUACCUUACACCCCCUUGCCUUAUUUCUCACCACAAGAAGAACAUCUCAUGUCCUUCACGCCCUGGUCUGCACAGGAUGAUGCAUACCAACUCAAUGAUCGCACCCAAAACAGUAUUAAAAGCAGAAAUGUCCCAGAUGGAAAUGAUUGUGGAAGUGAAGCUGAUCUCUAUGGGCUGGUGUCAAAUAUCUUGGAGGAGGCUGAUCAAAUGGACCCCCACUUUAAUGAAGAGACAUCGACCCAUCUGAAAACUGUUUGGUCUCCCAAGUCAAUGAGGGGCGAGUGCCAACCGUACUUCCAGUCAGAGUCCAAAAUGCAGUCCAACGCAGCCUUUCUGCCAAACCAUGUCUACCCUGAAUCUUCUAGUAAAGGACAAGGGCAGCCAAUGAACCGAGAUUCUGAAGAGUUUUACCACCACUUCAAUGGCUUUGAUACCUGUGACCAACAGUUUUUCCACUUAUCCUGCAACGGAGACACAGACAUUGGAUACUCAGAGAACCAAGAGCUGCCCAAGACCCCGGGGCUAUCGCCUCCCAGCGUGGGGAACGCCUACAUGUCCAAGAUGAGACAGAGCAAACACAACUUCAAUGAAGCUGAGAGUCUGCUAGGGUUCUGGGGUUCUGGGAACGCCUCCGCAGACCAUAUGGAUGCAUUUCUGUCCUCUGUUUGCCCCCAGAGCAAGAUGAAUAGCCAGCCCUUUGACCACUACUAUGUAGAGUACCCUGGCCAGAGCAGUGCCAAGCCCAGAAGUACCACGCAGUACACCAUGCAAGAUGUCAGCAAGCUGGCCAGCAACAUCCAAGCUUUAAUGGCUGGGGAUAAGGUCACCGAAUCUGGUAGGGACUCUGAGAACAGGCAGAGUGUGCAGAUGCAGUAUGAUGACAUCAUGGCAGAACAGAGGAACUUCUCCAGUUCUAACUUACCAGGGCGAAGCACUCAAGCCAUGCAGUUCAAGAAGGAGCUCGGAGGGGAGUAUGGAGCCAUGCGGAGGGAGGGUGAUGGAGGAAUGAAGAGCAAACAGCCGCUACAGAGUGACUUUGGUUCCAAAGAAUUAACUGGAUUUGGUCCACAAAACAAUGAGUAUUUCCAACCACCAAAAGCACUGUCGGCACCAUUUAAUUCUCCAAACUCUUAUCUAAACAAGAUGGCUGCCCAGAAAGGAAGCAACCCCGCUUCAACGGGCCUGAUUCUUAACCAUCACAACCAGCAGCAGGACAAACUCAAACAAUGUCAGCCAAGGGGAAACUGUCUAUCCUCUGGCCCAUCCAAGAUACUCUCACACUCUGUGUCAGAGUUUGUACCUCAGCACUUCCACCAGUACAUCCAAGACUACAGUCAGGGGGAUGGGCCCGGCCUCCACAGCAACAGAGCUGGACAGUACCAGGUCGGGGUGGGCCUGGGCGGGCUGAGGAGUGGAGGCAGCGAAGAUGUCUUUGAGAUGCGGCUGGACAGGGGCAGGAUGCACAUGGCCGGGCCGGCAGCUGGCAGCUGCUGGGACGGAAAGACAAGGCCCCAGACCGGCCUUCGCACGCGAGGAGACGGGGACGAGGAACAGGGGCUCCUGCAGAACCCGUACCUCGACCUACUGAGCAGCAUGUACGGCUCUCAGAGGUCCGGUGGAGCGCACGGCAUAGUCAACCCAGGGAAGAGCCCGGCCUUUCUGCCAUACGCGUACCAGGCCAUGAACAACCCCGGGCCAAAAACCUGCCACGUUCCUCUGAACUCAGCCAGCUUCCACUCCAGAUCUUCCUUCCCCUAUGGCAGCCCCGCCCCCACCGUGGACCUGUGCGGCCUGCUGCCAGAGUGGAAGUUUGGGGCUUUCAGCCCUUACCUGGAUGAUGCCAUGAGCUCCAGCAGGGAGAACCUCAACACCGGGCUGAUGGCAGGCCUGAGGUCCGACAGGAUGAUGAGAAACCGGGGAGGAGCCAUGAGCCAGCUCCACUUCUACCUGGAGGAGUGCUACGAGCAGUGGAGAGUCCUGGAGAAGGAGAGGAAGAAGACAGAGAUGGUCCUCACCAAGAGUUAUCCUGGAAAGCGGAUUUCCGUAGUGACCAGCAGUGCCGUCCCCAGAAUCCCACCCAAUCCCUCAAGAGUGGACCGUCUCAUUGUGGAUCAGAUUAGAGAACAAGCAAAGGUGACGAGUCUUCUAGGUAAAAUGGAGCGUCUACGUAGCUUCCCCCUUCACGCCAAUAUUUGCUCGGCGCUGGACAGACACCUCGAGGCUAUUUACAUUACCCAGGCCAGGCGCAAGGAGGAAUUCGUCAACACGUCAAACCGGCAGAGACAGGACGGCACUCAUUUCAGAGAGGAAAGAGACAUCCUGCUUCUUGCUACAGCCCUGCGGGACCUGUGCCUGACAACCAGGAAGUCCCGCACUGCCCUGUGGUGCGCCCUGCAGAUGACCCUGCCCAAAUCCACCGCAGACACGCCGGAUGAGCACGGCGACACAGAGAGCACCUGUGAGAAGACCAGCCCGGGGCGAACGCUCGUCCGCUUCUGAUGCCGCGGAGUCAGCCCGCCGCCCAGGUUGUGACACUCACACGGUCAUGCCAUGGCCACGGCUAAGGGCGGGGCCAUUGAGCGGCCUUAGGCCAGGUUAAAGGUCGACCGCGUAAUGAGACUGGACAGAAGGUAUUCUGGCAUGUAGGCUCAGUUUGAGCAAAUUCAUUGUUUGCCACGAUUAUCAGUCUUAUAUAAAAUGUAAUCAAAAUGUUUGUCUUUUCAGUAAAGCAGCUGGUCUAAAACAAUGUAAUAAUAUAACCCAGGGGUUAGUUUGCAGUUAUUUUAAAUGGCAGUACAAAUCUAUUAUGCUGUUCAAUUGAGAAUCCCCAUAAUCCCUCCAGCCCCAGUAAUGCCCUGUUAACAAGCUUCUAUCAGGAACUUGAGAGCCAAGAGAAGAGCCCUAUCAGAGAUAUUCUAUCUGUGUGGUGUGUGAGCACUAUCAUUAUAUCCAGUAUUCAUUAAUGUCCGAAACUAAGUUGAGCUAGGAUCCUUGUAGUUAUUACAAGGAUAAUACGUUUAAUUGCCCCUUAAGUGGCCUCAAGUUUCAUAGAAUUUCAUUGAUAUUUCCUCUUUUGGGUAUGGGAUUUUGUAAUAUGAAAUGUGUUACAGCAUAAUUUAUCUUCAAAUAACUUCAGUAUAAUCACAUUUUGUGAUUAGUGUCAUCAAAAGAAAUGGGAAUCCUGAAAAGGCAAAAUAUUAUUUAAAGACACUAUUUAUAUAUUAUCCAACAUGUCAGUCAUUUGAAUGUUUCCCGAUUAUUUAUUUGAAUGCAACUUGACAUUCAGUUCAGUAAUAAGCUUCUUAAGAACCAAUAAUUGUGAAUUAGUGAUCAUUGCAUCCUCCUAAGUUGAGUGGAAAUGGCAAUGGACCAACUUUUGUCAUAUUGUUUGUCAACAUAACAAUCAAUCGUCAUCUUGAAGCCUUGAGCGUUUCCUUAGUUAACUUGAAAUGCUACAUUGCCGAGCAUUGUUAUUUUACUUCGGAUUUAAUGCCCUGAAUGUUAAUCACACUGCUUUUCAGCUCAUUUCAACAUCAUAAACAUAGGUAAGAAUGAAGUUUGAUUGAUGGACACUUGCUAUCAAUGAUGUAAAACAGCCUAGUAAACAGGUGGUAAAUCCGUUCUAACCCCUGCAUUUUUAAUGUUCCUGUUUUGGAAAUGUAAGUUUCAUGAUACGUUUGCUGUUUGUUCAUUAAUUACAAUAAAGUACAUAAAGCACCAGAA